UUCUGAGAGGUUUUGAUCAAUAACCGGAAAACCAUUCUAUUUUUCCUCCCAAACUUGCGACACUUGUUUACGCUGUAACCUCUCUUCCCAUUAAUUCUUUCAAAUUCUAAAUUCAUUUUCUUCCUUCCUUUCCAUUCAACUCUUCUUCUCAUUCUCAUUCGUCCAAGGAUCUAUAAGGAGACCAAGCUAUGGAUGUUGAUAAUAUCUUUGGCACCAUUAAACCUGUGAAUGUUGCAAGGAAGAGUGCCAUAUAUGUUUGGGGAUACAAUCAAUCAGGGCAAACUGGAAGAAAGGGGAGAGAGGAGCAGUUGAGGAUUCCGAAACAGCUGCCUCCUGCGCUUUUUGGAUGUACAGCAGGUACCAAUGCGCGCUGGUUGGACGUUGCUUGUGGUCGCGAGCAUACAGCAGCAAUUGCCUCUGAUGGCUCACUUUUCACCUGGGGGGCUAAUGACUUUGGUCAACUCGGUGAUGGAACUGAGGAGCGAAGGAAAUAUCCAAAGAAAGUGAAGCAAUUAGAGUCAGAGUUCGUAAAAUCUGUGUCCUGCGGAGCACAUUGUUCUGCUUGCAUUGCAGAGCCUCGUGAAAAUGAUGGUACCAUUUCAACUGGGAGGCUCUGGAUUUGGGGACAAAAUCAGGGAUCAAAUCUUCCUAGAUUAUUCUGGGGGGCCUUCAAACCUAAUACAAUUAUUCGUGAAGUGUCUUGUGGAGCUGUCCAUGUGGUUGCUUUAUCUGAGGAAGGCCUGCUACAAGCUUGGGGCUAUAAUGAGUAUGGUCAACUUGGUCGAGGUGUCACUUGUGAAGGACUACAGGGGGCCCGUAUUAUAAGUUCUUACGCUAAGUUUCUUGAUGAAGCCCCCGAGCUUGUAAAGAUUACCAAAGUGUCAUGCGGGGAGUACCACACUGCGGCCAUUUCUGAUAAGGGCGAGGUUUACACAUGGGGGCUAGGAAGCAUGGGCCAGCUUGGACAUUCUUCACUCCAGUAUGGAGAUAAAGAGUUACUGCCAAGGAGGGUGGUUUCCCUUGAUGGUAUUUUCAUAAAGGAUUUGGCAUGCGGCGGUGUACACACGUGUGCUCUGACUCAGGAAGGGGCACUUUAUGCUUGGGGUGGCGGUCAAUCCGGGCAGUUAGGCCUUGGCCCCCAAACUGGGUUGUUCUCGUGCGUUGCUAAUGACUCUCGUACAUUUUUCCGGAACAUCCCAGUUUUGGUUGUUCCAAAAGGCGUGAAGCUUGUCGCAUGUGGACACUCCCACACGCUUAUUUCAAUGAGGGACGGUCGAAUUCAUGGAUGGGGUUACAAUAGUUACGGUCAGGCAGCCAACGAGAAAUCUACAUAUGCUUGGUACCCGUCGCCUGUUGACUGGUGUGUUGGGGAGGUCCGAAAACUAGCUGCUGGUGGGGGUCAUUCAGCUGUAUUGACUGAUGCUUGUUCGUUAAAGGAGUUGUGUGAGUUUAUACUCGCAGAGACUCUGACUUUAUCUGAUGCCGCCAAGGUUGAGGAUAUUGCAUCCAGAACUGGAUCAGAUGCUUUGGCUCGCCUCUGCGUGAGACUCAGAGAGUAUAUGCUUUCUGGUGGUCAUCUUGAACAAGAGGAGGAUGCUAAGAGUAAAGUUUGAAACAAAUUGUUAAUCAUUAUUUGUGCAUUCUUGUAAUGUAGUAGGUGUAAUCAUUAUUUGAAUGAAAGUAACUAUGUAAUCUUUAAUGUUCAUCGUUUCAAUUGUAAUCCAAAUGAAUAAGGAAGACAAAUGAAUGAUGGAUUAGCCUCUAUUGUAUUAAAGUAAAUUGUAGCACUCAGAAUCUCAGUUGUAGCUGAAAGCUUGGUUUUUUGUGCUUUUUACCAAAGAAAACCAAGAAGGCAAACAAUAGUGAUAAGUAUUUUGUUA